AUGGCUACUGCUGUUUCGACCAAGCCCAUGGCGCACCCGGGCAAGAUGAAGCGACCCCCUCCCCCAACAUUCGUGCAAUCUGGCGCCAACGGUGCCAGGCCGUCGCAAACCUCCUCAUCGCCUGUUCCUACUCCCGCGAACCGGCUGUCGGGCUUCAGGCAAUUCGGGAAUUUCUCAUCUUCCUCCGGUACUGCCGCGAACGGCGCCAAUGGUCGAGCAGUGGCGAGAGUCAACGGAGAAGCAUCGCAGAGACCACUGGACCCUUCUUCACGGCUACAACGUCCGUCGACCAGGCGUCACGCUAUGGGUAACAAUGCUGCUGACAGCCGGGGGACGAAGAGACUUGCGGAGCCAUAUGUCAAAACAACCUCCUAUAUCCUGAAGAAAUUCGCAAAAUUUCCGCCGUCAUUGACCAUGCAUCUUCACCCAACCCACUUUCGGUUUGAUAAGCAGGAUGGGAGCUUUCCUUAUAAUUCAGAGAUGAAGGUUGUCAUAGAGCAUCUCAAGGACGGCACAGUGCCUCAUGAUAUGAUGGAGGAGCUCAUCAUGGGGAAUGUGCGGUUUUAUGAUGGUUGUUUAAUUGUUCGAGUUGUUGACCAUAGGUCUCCUUCUGCUGAACCUACGCCUGUCACGAAAGCAUCGACUGGGCAGAAACUUAUCCCGUUUUCCAUCCAUAACUACAACGAGCACAUGACCCCUUCUUCAUACGUUCCGUACCCUAAGCGAACCCAAAUCAAUGCCAACACCGGAAGUUCGCAAGCUACCUCAGGUGACCAGGCCUCUCAAGCUACAUCCUCCUCAGAACAAUCGGAAUUUCCAGAUGUGAAUAAGGCUAAGGCGAAGCAGCCGCCUACCGAAGAAGCCAGCAAUGGAACGGCUGCCGGACCUAAGGUUUUCACCACAGUCUUACACCCUACGCCGCGCUCCCUACAGGCCGAACUUACCCUUCUAUCAAUGAUUCCUGAUUCUCGAGCUCCGCCACGCCGACAAUCUCAAGGGUUCAAUACUUCACGGACUUCCACUUCUACCUCCCUUACCCAACCUUCUACCCCACUCUCCGCAGUUGCCCCUCCCAUAGAUCGUGGACAUCCUGCCAAACGACAAAAGAUGCUUGUUGAACCCCAUGAACUCCCGGAAGUUGAGUCUAAAUUGAUUCAUGCUACCGCACCCCCGCUAUAUCUCGAGCCAGUCUCCAGCUUGGAGGCUAGUCAGAAUCUGCUGAAACUCUUAGACUCGCCAUUGCACUGCCACAAACCACCUUCGCCAAAGACCAGGAGACGUACAGUGGCCGAACUUGCAGCUGACGAAGCAUUGGCUGCGGCAGAGGAACGAUUCAUGUUGAUCAUGGAUGAACGCCUUGAACCAGCCACUUCAGGGGGAGCAAAUGCAGCUAAAUCAGCAGUUGCUGACGGGGACGGCGGUGCUGCUCCGUUUGAGCCUAGAUUCUCAAGAUUCAAAACAUUGGAAAAUAUCCGUAGCCAGCACGAAGAAAGGGCUAGAAGGGAACAUGAGCGGAAACUACAGCAAGAUCUUGUCAAGCGGCAGCAACAGGAGGCAGAGCGAGAGAAACGCCGACAGUUUGAGCAGCGCCAAGCAGAAGACCAGGCCCGAGAGGACGCUCGCAGGCAAUUAUUUGCCCAGCAGGCUGCUCAAUCGCAGGCUCAUUCUCAGGUCCAUUCUCAGGCUCAGGCUCAGGCUCAGGCUCAGGCACAGGCUCAGGCACAGGCUCAAGCUCAAGCUCAAGCUCAAGCGCAGGCUCAAGCACACGCCCAUGCACAGGCUCAGGCAGCACAGUCUCAACUUAUUGCUUCUCACAAUAUUCGACCAACCUCCCAAGGGAAUUCAGGCAUCCCGGUCACUCUUCAGCAGCAGCAUAUCAUAUCCGCAUCGCAAGCACCUCACUCUUCGCCUAUUGUGCGAAAUCUAACCCCACACGCCUCAUCCCCACAUCUCAUGAAUCAAGGUGUGCCGAUGGCCAUUACCAGUUCCGCGCAAGGUGCCGGAAGCCCCCUGGCAGUCUCGUCAAGCAUGCAACAUGGCCAUCCUACAGCUAUGGGCCAUCCCAUGGCACCCACCCGUAGCCAGCAGAGUCAUAGCGCCCACGGGACACCACAAAUGGCCCAUGGAACCCCUGUAAUGCAUGGAACUCCAGUUAUGCGCAAUCUUACGCCUACUCAACGGAUGCCUCACCCUAGCCCUGACGUUUCUACGAUGGCCCAAACUCCAGUUAUGACCCAGGCUAUGGUUAAUCCCCCCAUGAAUGGUGGGAUGAUGACACCUCAAAUGAUACAGCAAAGACAGAACGCACUGGCAGCGCAGCGGAAUCUUACAAACCAACAGUUAGCACAACAGCAAAUGUCUCAAUUCCAGGCCAGCACUCUCGCACAGCAGAAUAUGCAUCCACAGCAAAUUAUGCAGAGCCAGCAGCAACAGCAGCACCAAACCGCCCAGAUGCAAAACGCCUAUCAAUCGAGUCUCAUCCAGUCACAGCUAGCCCAAAUGCAGGCCGCGCAACAGGGCCAGCAAAGGCCAAUGUCCCAAUUGACACAGCAACAAAUGAUGGCAGCCGCCGCCGCCGCAGCUAAUGGCCAGAACCGUCAAAAAAUGGCCGUAAGCCAGCAGUACAAACAAUUGUACGAGUUUCACCUUACUCGACUACAAGGCGAGAUGGCUCAGAGGGUCAUGCCCCAGUACGGCCCACCCCCAAAUUAUCCGCCUCAUAUCAAGGCCCAAUAUUACGGUGGACUAGGCAAGGUGGCUCAACAGCCCCCUUUCCAACCAGUCUCCAUUCCCACGAAGAAUUUAAACGCGAGUUAA